CAGAGUAUAUUAGUUGGUAUCGUUUGUUUUGUAGCUGUCAAGAAACGGUUGCACAGAUAGGAGGUGUAUGUUGUCGGUGGGACUGCGCUGAUUUUCUCUUAUUAAUAACUGUGAAUGGAAAGGCUUGAAAGAUUGUGCUGAUUGUGUAGCAUCGUUGGUAGCAGAAACCGGUCUAUGGUUGUUUAAUUCAGGGGAAGACGGAGGCAGCUAAUCAGCGCUUGUCGAGGACCAUGGCAGCGGCGACCGUUGUGGAAGCUGACCCGUCGACAAGCGAAGGCGGUGCCGCUUUCUCUGGCGUCCAGAGCCGGGGAUGGGAUGAAUCCCAGCUCCGAAAGUAUUCUUUCCCUACCAAGCCCAUUCCUAGGUUGUCUCACACGGACCCGAGAGCAGAAAUGCUUAUAAACAACGAGGAACCGGUGGUUUUGACAGACACAAACCUCGUGUACCCGGCUCUCAAAUGGGAUAUUGCAUACCUCAAGGAGAACAUUGGAAAUGGAGACUUCUCUGUUUACAUUUCAGAAAACCACAAAUUCCUUUACUAUGAUGAGAAAAAAAUGUGCAACUUUGAGAACUUUGUCCCCAAGUCUCAGCGAAUGGAAAUGAAGUUUAAUGAAUUUGUGGAUAAAAUGUAUGAAACAGAGGAAAGGGGAGGAGAUGAAAGGGUAUAUCUGCAGCAGACGCUAAAUGACACAGUAGGAAAGAAGAUCGUUGUUGACUUUCUUGGUUUCAACUGGAACUGGAUCAACAAGCAGCAAGCCAAGAGAAACUGGGGACAGCUGACAUCCAAUCUCCUGCUUAUAGGCAUGGAGGGCAAUGUGACACCAGCGCAUUAUGAUGAGCAGCAGAACUUCUUUGCACAGAUCAAAGGCCAUAAGAGAUGCAUCCUCUUUCCUCCAGACCAGUUUGAAUGUCUCUAUCCAUACCCUGUCCAUCACCCCUGUGACAGACAGAGCCAAGUUGAUUUUGAUAACCCAGACUAUGAGAAGUUUCCGAAUUUUAAAAAUGUGGUUGGCUAUGAGGCUGUUGUGGGCCCUGGAGACGUGCUCUACAUCCCAAUGUACUGGUGGCAUCACAUUGAAUCACUGCUGAACGGUGGAGUGACAAUCACUGUAAACUUCUGGUACAAAGGUGCCCCCACACCUAAGAGGAUAGAAUACCCUCUGAGGGCUCAUCAGAAAGUGGCCAUCAUGAGGAAUAUUGAAAAGAUGCUUGGAGAGGCACUUGGAGAUCCACAUGAGGUCGGACCUUUACUGAAAACGAUGAUCAAGGGACGAUAUGAGAAGGAUCACAGUUAGAACCCAACCCUUAAAAACUGCUGACUAGACUGUGUUGGAAACUGUGUGCAUGUGAAGCUGACACUGCUAUGUGUGUGUAAUGCGCUGUCUUUGGAGCUACGCAUCACUGCAUGGCAAUAAGCGGCCAUCAUGAAAACAUUGUGCUUCAGUCUUCAAGUACCAUUGUCAUUGAAAAAUACAAAAGUAACAGAAGAAACAUCCAUGAGACAUUUGUUUUUUUUCUUUUGUCAUAUCAGUCAGUCAGUGUUGUCUCAGCAGUCAUACAGUUCAAGCUGUUGAUUGAGAUUGGUACCUUUAGAGCAGCCUCAUUAUUUCAACCACUAAUGAAUGAGUCAAAGGGGUAUGUACAGUACACAUCAGUUAUAUACAGGAUAUUUCUUAUAUACAUGGAGUAACAGUUUUGGCUUGAUUAGUCAGUUUCAAUUUAUUGUAAUCAUAAUCUUUAUUGCAAAGACAGCUUUACAGUUGAGUUUUUUGGGAAUAUUUAUCUGCAUUAUCUAUGCUGGCUAAUGUGUUGCUUUGGGCAAUGAUCAGCAAGACUUAUAGGUUUUAAAAAGAUGACAUAGGGACAGAGAUUAAAGCAGUACAGUAAUAGGAUUUCAAUUUUUUUUUUUUUUUUUAAGGGGGGGGGCAGGGUUUCAUCUAUUCAGCUGAAGGAAUAUGUCAUGUUCUUUUUAGCAGAGUGAUUUUCUUUUUUGCAUUAACUGUUCUUACUUUUGUACUUCAAGGACUUUUUAGGGUGGGCUGUUCUACCUGUAACUGGACAGGGGGUACUUGAAAUGAGCUGAGCACUGCAGUUUUAGUUGCAAUUUUUAAGGAAGAAAAUACAGCAAGUUUUUGUGGAAACUUGUCAGAAUAAUUAAACAUGGUGUUGCCUUGGGUUAAAGGGUAUAAAACUGGUUUCAUUGAACUACAGUAAACAAUAGAUACAUGCUUAAAUGCCAUUAGUUUAGUGAACUAGCUGGAAGAUGGUUGGAAUGUAACUCAGUAUCAACCAUUGCAGUGCAACAAGACGCACCACCUAGUGGUCAGGUUUGCAAUUGUUUGUCUUGUCAGAAUGUUAUACUGAAUGCUCCAGAGCUGAAAUUAAAUGAUGCUGCAGUGUGUACUAACAUCUAAUUCCUGUUGAAAACCUGUACUUAUAUCUGUAGAUGAAAUAAAAAUGAUUUCUACUUUCACAUCACCAUGUUUUAAAGAGAGUAAAGUGAGAGCAGCUUGAAAGAUGGCUGUUAGAGAAGUUUAACCUGCUCUCUAGAAUCAUUGAGAUGUACAUUAAAUAAAAGGGACAUCAUUUGUUACACACGGAUCAGCCACAAUAUUGAAAUUGAGAAGGUCUUUGCCAGGACUGUGGGGUACAUGUCAAAGUAGCAUCCAUGUUAAUGCUCAAACUGUGGUUUCUCAGAACAUUGCAUUAUAAUAGUUCAACUUAAAUAUCAGUGGUUUUAAUGUUGUGGCUGAUUGGUGUGUUGUGCAGUAUGUGCCAAACAACCAGUAGAUGGUUAUCUUCAUAGCAUAACAUUGGAUAAAUCAGUGAGGUGAGCUUUAAUGGGAAUAUACAAACAUAUUUUCUAUUUUUUUCCUGUAUGUUCAGCCUUUAAACUGCUGACAGUGUGCAUUUGUUCUUCUCACAACUGCACACUGAGUGCUAACUGCUCUGUAAAAGGAAUCUUAACAGAUAUGAGACUGAUGUUUUGCUAGGGUAAUCAAUUUAUGUGUGUGCCUUGCCUGAAAUGGACAUGGCAUUAAAUGUCACAAGAACUUAUUUUUCAACUUUGUAGUAAAAAUGCUCAUUUUCACCCUGGCAUUAAGCAGCUUUAAAGGUGAGAAUGACUGUUAAAGAGGCAUGCUUUUUUUUAAUUGAUAGAUGCCUGUUUUUUUUUUUGUUUUUUUUUUUAAUAUGUGGUCUUGUUCCUCUGAUUAAAUUUUUUGUUCUACUGCA